GCUUCCCAACGUCACAACACAUCCAUCAACUAAACGAUAUGCCUCCAGCAAAGAAAAGAAAGACCCGCGCGACAGAAGAGCCUGCAGAGGACAUUGCUCCUACGGCCGCAAAUGCAUCUGAGACCGAGCAGCCACCGCAAGAACCCACCAAAGACACCCCCACCGAGACAACAGCCUCAGCCUCUGCUUCAUCUACAUCCGAUACAUCGGAUGCUGCAGCCAAAGCCAAGGAGCGCUUGGAACGCUUCAAAGCACUCCAGGAUAGAGCUAAAAUUGGCGCGCAAAAGAACCUCAAAGAAGCAGCGCUCGAAUCACACCGUCUAGCCACUGAUCCUAAUCUCCUAACCUCCCUAAACCGAAAAUCCGCCAUCGCGUCCCAGAAGCUCCUGAAAGCGGAAGCCGAGGAAGCCGGCGAAGAUUUCGAACGGAAGCGUGCUUGGGAUUGGACUGUGGAGGAGAGUGAGAGAUGGGAUAAGAGGUUGAAGAAGAAAGAGGCGCAUAGAGACGAUCAGGCGUUUCAGGAUUACCGACAAGAUUCGAGGAAGGUGUAUAAACGACAGAUAAGGAGUCUGAAGCCAGAUAUGGAGGGGUAUGAGAAGGAGAAGAUGAAGGCAGUUGAGAAAGCUGCUGCGAGUGGAGGUUUGGAGAUUGUGGAGACAGACGACGGGGAGUUGGUCGCGGUGGAUAAAGAUGGAACGUUUUACUCGACGGCGGAUUCGACCGGAUUCGUGGAGCAUAAACCACCAAAGGACGCCGUGGAUAGAUUGGUCAAGGACCUGCAACAAGCGGAGGAAACAAGGUUGAGGAAACGCCGGGAGAGAAUGGGCAAAGAUGGGGACGAAGGAGACGUUACUUACAUCAACGAGAAGAACAAGCAAUUCAACCAGAAGCUUGCGAGGUUCUAUAACAAGUACACUGCGGAGAUUCGGGACAGUUUUGAGCGUGGGACAAUGAUAUAGGUUACAUUGCUAGUUGUGUUGGGAAGUGCCGGAGUUAGGUUUACACCAGAGUUAUAGUA